CUCGACCAACCAUGGGGCGGGGCGCCUAGACUCAAAAGGGACUGACAGGGAGUUUUGCAACAGUCCCCAUUGCUCCUCAGAAAAUUGUCUCCCAAUUUCCCAAUUCGCGCUCCGGCUUUACACAGAGCUGCGUUCCGCUUCUCAUCGCACAUAUGUUGGCAUCCGACGACCCCGAUGACUCCGGUGACUCAGUGGUCUAUCUAGGCAGCAAACGUCGUGGGUCUCCUGCACCUGCUCGUCUGACGACUGCGACCGCUGCCCAAAUCGAUGCUCCUCCCGAAACGAAUACGGCUUCAAAUCUAGACAACAGCGGCAGCCGCCACCACCAGCAACCGAGAACGAGAGUGAGACCUGGUGGCAAAAUGACCUAUCCACGCGCAAUUCGGCAUGGGCCUACUGCUGCGACCGCCGAUCGAACCAUGGAUCCCAUUCGCCGAGCAAAUACAACCUCACCAAGACGUGUGUCGGACAGAAACGGCCACGGCCACCGAGGACCGAGAACGAGACCGGGGCCAAGAUUAUCCUCCGAAGCGACUGUUCCCUUCGAGAUCAGAAACAAAUAUUUUAAGGUAGGUUGGGUAAUGAAUUGGAAUAAGUCGACCCCCCCGCCAGCCGUUUAUGGAAUCUUUGAUAGAGCGGGCCGCCUCCACCUCUUUAGGGGCAUGAAGGGGCCGAGUCUUCAAUGGAGCGUCCUACAUCUGUGCCCAUUGAUCACGGCAAUGUUGAAUACGACUCGCCCUUCAAGGACAUGUCGCAUGCAGAAGUCCGAAAAAAGGCGAUACAACGUUUGAUCAGACGAUGUGGACCACAGUUGGGACCCGGCGAAAUAUGAGAAGGUUGUUAUGUUGAGACAGAAUGAGCCCAAGAUGCCGAUACGUUAG